AUGCUAAUAAAUCGAAAUAUUGAUAGCGAUGAUGAAUUCUUACACUACUUCGAUGAUGAUGUAGAUUCAGAAGAGUUGUUUGAGAUAAAUCCGAAAAAGAAAUCGUUAGAUUCAAUAAGUGAGGAAGAUUGCAAGAGUAGUGUUUUCUCUAUUGAUAUUCACGAAAAGAAAAAACUAGACGAUGUUGUUUAUGUAGUAGUUGGAGAAACUUGUUCAAGCAUGGAAGCACUUUCAUGGACUUUAAAGCACUUAGUGAACCCUAAUUCUACUAUUGUUUUUCUUAUACAUGUUUUUCCUAAAGCCAAGCGAAUUCCAACUCCACUGGGAAAAAUUCCAAGAAAAUAUGUGAGUCAAAAACAUGUUAACACAUACUUAAGCCAAGAGAAAAGGAAGAGGAAAAUAUUCCUUCAGAGGUUUAUUGACGUGUGUACUGCCUCAAAAGUUAAGGUGGAUGUGUUGUUUAUUGAGGAUGACAAUGUUGUUAAAGCCAUUGUAGAUCUUGUUAUGAGUCUAAAUAUUAGAAAAUUGGUGAUUGGAACUACACAAUCUAAUCUAAGAAAGCAUGUGUCAAGAAGGCAAAAUUCUACUGCGGAGAUGGUGUUAAAAAGUAUAGAACAAAGAUGUGAUGUUAAGAUAAUAUGUGAAGGAAGAGAAGUGAUCGAUGAGAUGAUUAAUGGGUGGACUUCACAACAUGAUGAAGGAGAUGGUUUUGUUUCAGGCAAGCCAGUCAUACCUAAAUCAUUUUGGUUAUUUAGGUCCAGAUAUGAUUGGAAUUGGAACUAUGCAAUCUAA